AUGGCUAUAUCCUGGGAAAUUUCCAGCCUAAAAGUCGAAACCAGCAGACCAGGCUACGUCAACGACAGCCUAUUCGCAAAUGGUCUAAUGCAAGUCCCAGUCUACGUCUUCAUCGUCGCAAAAGACCCCGACACUGGCGACGAGUACAAGCUCUCAGCCGCAGAGCUCGACGAAGUCCGGCUGGUGGAAUACCACUUCCCCGAGAAGUUGCCAGACGGCUGGGAAUGGGACAAAGAGCCUAACGAAUUCGACCACUACGCGCCGGGCACUUUGGGCGAGAACCGUGCCGAGAGGCCGUCCCGUGAUGAUUCGACUCUCGGCCAUCAAAUCCUUACCUGCUGGGUUAGGACCGAGAGAGCUGAGAACCGCUCUCUAGCAGCCUGGAUCCAGCAACCGGAUGGCACGAUCGUCCACACUGCAGGAGAAGGGUUCGAAUCCCGCGUGACGCUGACGGGGAUGACGCCCGCGCGCCUCUACCGGAAAGACCUAAUCGUCGACGUAGAAACAGUCGGGUUCAGCUCGUGGGCGCUUUACUACAAGAGAUACUACGUGUCCAGCACGCGCGAGACGAAGCUCAUGCGCUUCGAGAUCCACGAAUACCACGGGGCCCACGAACCGAACACCGAACAGGGCAAGUUCUACUGCUUUGACUGGAUAAACGCCGACAACUAUGGGGCGUUCCGGCAUAUUUGGCCGCUUGACGCGCCUCAAACCGUCGAGAUCGGACAGGAGGGUCACUAUGUGGAGCUCGAGAUCAAUGGGAGGAAGGAUGACCUUUGUAUCACUGCGGCUGUUGUGUACAGAGGACCUAGUGACAAGCCGUGGGAUGACUCGUUUCGGCAUCCUUGCUGGUUUACGGCUGUUGAUCGGUAUGGCAACUCGAGCGAUUUCUAUGUUGAGAGAGAGGAUCCCGCUGUUGGUGUGGGUCUUAUUAUCAAAGAUCGAUAG